AUGGUCGAGGGUAAUUUACAUGGUUCACCUGGCAGAAGUUCAUCUACUAAGCUACGUCAAGGGUCUCUUCCGAGUUCAUCUUCAGGGUUUGAUAUCGUAGUAGAACCUCCGUCCAGGCCCCCGUCCAUGUCGUCUUCUGUGGAACCUUAUACACAUGGCGUAGCUUUCCUGGAACCUGACGAGAGAAAUGAUGAGUCUCCUCCCCGGGUUAUCGAGAUCAACGACGAUCUUCAUCUUCCUCCAGCAACAAAUUCAGAGGGUCAUCCUGUUCAGCCCAGACAUGUUGAAACCCCGCCAGAUAAUUGGAUUCCGACAAAGGACACUUCAAACAGUGUUAGGCUACCGCCACCUCAUGAGCUGCAACGCAAUAACGAUGAGGGAGAUUGGAGGGGUCGAGGGAGGGACCGCUCGGAUAGCCCUCGUCUUGGAUCACGCUCAAGAAGUAUAAGCUAUCCUCGGCCGUACUCCCGAACUGUCCCUCGAUUUGACGGGCGUGUCAUAAGGUCUCCCUCUUCAAGUUCCAAGAGGGCCAAAAGGCAUCGCGUACCAUCUCGUUCUCAUGGCCGCUCAAGAAUCAGGUCGAAAUCACGUUCGCGCAGCGCGGCAAUGCGCCGCAGGUCUAGAUCACAAUCUCGACACUCGGGAUUUCACUCCCAUAGGCAAAGGCGUUUCGCACGCAGGUCGGGAUCUGAUUCAGCGUCUCUUUCGCAAAGCCCCCGCCGAUACCGGUAUCCGCGAGCCACCACUGCCAGCUCUCCUCACGCUCAUCGCCUCCCGGAAAUCAAACCACAUAUCAAGAGUGCUACGAACAUAGUACAAGAGGAACUGCUAGACCCAACGCAUUUCAACGAGACUGCACCAUUGUCAACUUACAUUUUUGUAUUUUUCAUUGAUACGCUACCACGACAGGUAUAUCUCUAUCUCAUGCUACGUCUUCCAUCACUCUACUUUUCGCGUGUCACCCGCAUUUUCGAGGACGCCGAGAUGAGUAUGCCUGAGAUCAAAAAGAUGGCUUUGGAAGCGGCAAGUCAGUGGAAGGAUCCUGUCCGGCAUCUGAAGAAAGGGAUUAUCUUCGAGCCGCAAGCUAUCUCGCAUCCUCACGCGGAUUUGCAAAAUUCUUGGCAGUCUUUCAUUGACUCGUUGAUGAGGGAAUGGAAGACGCUCAAUAUCGUCUCGGUUCUACUUUUGUCAGCUAUUCUCACUAUUCUUCAAAUACAGGCAGCGGCUUCGGAUCCAUUUACUCGAUAUUUUGCUCUCUUAUCACUGGUUUGCGCACUCAUGAGCCUUUUAUACGGCUGCAUGUAUAUUGUCAGGUUUGGGACUAUGCGCAAAACCUACAAAGCCGCAGAAUGGGCGACGGAGGCGCAAAAGUCACGCACGGGAAUAUUUUGGAACGUAUGGGUUCUUCUUGCCAUGCCUGCGGCAUGGCUAGCAUGGUCCAUGAUUCUAUACUUGGCGUGUAUCAUGUCAUUUGUUUGGCGAACUGGAACAACCGAAGAUGCUAACAUCGUCCCGUUAACACCAUCUGAGGCCAGAGUCCCGCGGGCGCUCAUAACAUUUGUGUUGGCCCUCGGGGUGAUAUAUUUUUUCUUGAUCGCGGCUACAUUUAGGCGAUACGGCGACAACAUGGAUAGGGCGUGGCAGCAGAGGAUAAUUGGAUGGACCCAGGAGAAAUUGGGUCACAUGCAUGGUUCAAAAUCAUCCUUCCGUCUGGAGAAAUUUUCGACGCCGAGAUUUGCAAGAUCUCCCGAGGGGCAGAAAUCACUGAGAGCUUCGACUCCAAAAGCUGAUCAUACCACGUCGUCAGGGAGUACGAACUCCAAGCCGCUCAGCCGGCCUUCUUCUGUGCAGAUGGCGACUUUCACUUCACUCCCGCAACAUUCUUCUGGAGUUCCGGAGGACCUACAAGCUUUACCACUUGAAGAUUUGUCCACGUCUUCGAUAACAAAUGUCCCCCUAUCGCAUUCGUCGAUUUCUCAAGGUGGUAAUAUUCUCGCUGGGAACUCACUCCAAUCGCCUAUAGCGACACCUCAAAAUGACGCUCCGCGACAUCCCUCUAAUUCUAGUGUCCCUGUGGCCCCGAAUUUCCAGCGUUCCGCAUCUGUGGAUGAAAUACCACCUAUUUCCGCCAGACGGGAUGCCAUAUUAAACAUGAAUAUUGAUACUAGAUCCGGAGCGCGGUCUAGAUCUUCCUCCCUGGAUAACAAUCCAUCCUUCCCAUAUCUGAAGGAGGAUUUUACAAAGAUAAAGGCGCCACCUUGUCAGAUUGAAUUGGUCAAGAACCACAGGAGUAAUCACAAAGGAGGAGGAGAAGCCACAAAGGAAUGCCCGAUCGGCUUGAACGCAAGUCCAGCUCUCGCACACCGAAAUCGCAAUUUUUUAGGCGAGCCAUGUUCGGCUCAAGGAAUUUUGUGCUGUCAUGCGGAUAACGCGCAACUUACGCUAUUCGCCAUAAAUGCUAUUGGAUACGAUACCGAUGAUGGGAAACCAAGGGGGGAAGUAUUGUCUGACGGACUCAGACCAUAUCUUUGGGCGCCAUCGCUAACAAUACCCCCUGGGACGUUAAAUACGCAGAAUGCUCCGUAG